AUGGACGCCAAACUGCUCAAGUCGACCAAGUUUCCACCGGAGUUCGCAAAAAAGGUGGACAUGACCAAGGUCAAUAUCGAAGUAAUGAAGAAAUGGAUUGCUGAGAGGAUAUCUGUCAUCUUGGGAAACGAAGACGACGUCGUCAUCGAGCUCUGCUUCAACUUACUUGAAGGCUCACGCUAUCCAAACAUAAAACAUCUACAGAUCAAUCUUACGGGGUUUUUGGAAAAGGAUACAGCGAAGUUCUGCAAAGACCUUUGGAACCUAUGUCUGAGCGCCCAGGAUAGCCCCCAAGGCGUGCCCAAGGAGUUACUCGAGGCCAAAAAGCUCGAAUUGAUGCAGGAACAGGCUGCUGCCGAAGAAGCACGUCGUCGCGAAGAAGCCGAACAGGCUAGGGAACGGGACUUGGAGAGGAUUCGACAGCGCGAAAGAGACAGUCGUGGUCGUGGAAGAAGGGGUCGUGGUGGUCCGUCACGAGGCAUGGACCGUUAUGACGCGCGAGACUCCCCAUCGCCGCAUAGACGGAGACGGAGCUCACCGGAUUACCGCGAUGCGCACACACGCCGAGGAGCAGACAUAUAUGUGCCUAGUGGUGGUAGAAACUAUAGACGGGACGAUGCCAGAGGGCGUCGAUCGUCGAGACAGCCUUCCACUUCUAUUUCUCGCUCUCCGUCCCGCUCCAUCACACCCCCGCGUCGACGUGACGGAAGAUCUCCUGAAAGACGAAGAAGACGAUCACCCAGCAGCUCACGCUCACCGUAUAGGCGUGACCGUGGCCGGAAAAGAGGCCGCAGCCCUAUCCGUAAUGACUCCAGGUCCCCAACCCGCUCGCCAUCCAGAAGAAGGCGUAGAAGAUCGCGAAGCGAAAGCUCCACCUCUCCGCCACGUAACCGCACCUCGAAAGCUCGACGUACUUCUUCAUCAAGAUCCCCCUCGAGGUCAAGUAGCGAGGGUGAUUGGAAAAAUCGACGCACGCGGAGGAGAUCCCCCUCGUACCAACAAGGGUCUAGACGGGAUGAACCAAGAGCUGAUAUUGCUAAAGAUCGCAGAAGCCACGACCGCCGCCGCCUAAGCCGAAGCCGAAGUCGAAGCCGCGGAAAAUACCGCCGGAGACACCGCUCCGGCAGCAGGUCAUCUACCAGCAGCUCACGCAGUCGAAGCAAAAGCAGAAGCAGAAGCCACAGCAGGGGUGACCGGAAAAGACACCAGUCCAUUGAAAGAUACGCCCCAGCUGGACGCAGGUCGCGCAAAAAUAGCUCUGUCCCCUCACCCGCGCAAAAGAGACAGAAGAUGGCUGAUUCAGAUGGAGAAACCGCCAGAAGUUCCCCUCAACCCGCUCAAGAUAAAGCUACUAAAGAUAAUGACACACCGGAUAGGCCUUCAUCUACUGACGAGCGUCCGCCGCAGCCUUCAAUAUCACGGCUUAACUCGACCGAACUCCGAGAACGAAUUCUCAAGGAGAAAGUCAUAGCCAUCCGCAGGAUGAGUGCAGAGAAGGCCGCUGUCAAAUCAUCCUAG